AUGGUUGGGGUCACAGGCCAGGUUCAGCAGGUAGCGGGCAGCGUGGUACAGAGGGUCAGGCAGAGGAGAAUGGUCAGACAAGCCAGGGAUCAGGAGCAGGAGAAUGGUCAGACAAGCCAGGGAUCAGAGCAGGGUCAGCAGAGAAUCAGACAGGAACAGAGAGCAGGAACAGGAUACAGGGCCCAAGAGAAACACAACACCAAGGCAGAGUCUGCAGGUCUGAAUGUCCCUUAAAUACACCAGUAUAAUUAGUUCCAGGUGUUUGACUGGCUGCAAGGUUGAGUCUCUGAUUGCUUGGAGCACCCGCUGGCCAGCCCUGGUACUGCAGCUCAUAAGGCAGCUGAGUCCCACUAUUGCUGGCCAGUCCAUUCCUGACACCCAUAGACCUGAAUGGACUGUCCGAUCACUGAAAACUGAAAGGCACAGACCUGAUCAGAUCCUUCAUGUAAAAGGGGCCUCAAGUAUCAAAACA